CACACACACACACACACACACACACACACCGCAAGAGGAACACGAACGCGCGCGCAAGGCACCGCAGAGGAAGCAACAGCAGCAGGAGGAGCAGCAGGAAGGACGUUGGAGGAGGAGGAGAGACUUUGAACCGAAACGCACAGGCCACGAAUCACAGCAGGAGGCAGCAUGGCCACAAACGUUGAGGAGGAUGACGAUCUCGUGGUUGUGCUGGAUGACGAGGACGAGAGCGACGUUGCCACUCAAGGGCAGCCCGCUGAUGACGCUGGUGGUGAUGACCCUGACUCGCUUGUGCUCAUCGGCGACGACGACCAAGACGACGACGUCAAUGGCAAUGAUGAUGGCAGUGGUGGUGAUCACGCACAGGCGCAAGCCACCCAGCAACAACCGCCACAGGAUGGCCAGCAGCAGCCUCCUGCAGUCAAGCCACAACCGCUGCAACCACAGGAUGACGACCUGCCAGAGGUGCUUGAUCUCGAGCCCACCACAUCAGCAGCAGCCACAACAACGGCAGCAUCUGCUGCGGACGAGUCGGAGAAUGUGCUGUGUUGCUUGUCUAAGAAGCUGAUCCGGCGGCGGCGUGCCAUGCUAUUGCCCUGCUGUCACAACAUGUGCAGUAUCAAGCAGUGGACAGAGCAUGUCACAAAGCAAAGCAAUGACAGCUCCAAAGUGUGCCCGGCUUGCAGCGCAUAUGUGCCAGCGUCGCUGCUGCUGAAGCAUCUGCCAAUGUCAACUUGCGUCGAGAUGGCACACGCAGCGGUCGAGAUGCUCCAGAGACACGGUCGACGGCAUGCUGUUAAGGCGCUGUCACUGCCGCGGCUUCAGGCACUGCUGACCACGCUUGCCAAGACGGUCAAGGGGCGACAAGUCCGCAAGCGCCGCUCAUAUGCCCGGUCAUCACAGGUCACACACAAGGGCAGGAAGACAGCCUGGACCAAGGGCGUUGGCUUUGGCGGGUCGUCGGGCACAUCUGUUGCGUCGCGGCUGCGAGCGAAGCUAGUAUACGGGCCGUCAUCGUCGUAUGGUCUAGUCGACUUACUCCACUAG